GGCAUACAACAUUUGCAUCAAAGCUUUGAAUACCCUCUAUCAUUUCUUCCAAGAAAAGCCUUCGAGGUCCCAAAAGAGUCAUAAUUUGCCUCAAAGCCAUGUCUUGCUGGUCUGCAGAAAAUGCCACAAAGGCCUAUCUCAACACAUUGAAAAUGGGUCAAAAGGCCAAAGAACCCGCGGUUGCAGAGUUCAUAUCAGCACUAGCCGCUGGCAACACUGCACAACUAAUGGUUGUGGCAUGUGCUGGUGCAGCAGACUCAACCACACUAGCAUUGGUCACUGCUGCACACCAAACUGGUGGCCAUGUUGUUUGCAUUGUCCCUAGCCAUGAGGAAUUAAGUGCCUCCAAAAAAGUCCUUGGAGUAAAUGCAAGUCAAGUCCAAUUCAUGGUUGGAGCGGCUCAAGAAGAACAAGUGCUGUUAAGCCAAGCAGAUUUUGUGCUCAUUGAUUGCAACCUUGUGAGCCAUGGAGAGAUUGUUAAAGCAAUCCAAAGUGGUGGUGGUGGCAUGCAAAAUGGCACAGUGGUUGUUGGCUACAAUGCACUUAAUUGUAGAGGGUCUUGGUGGUCUUCUGGAUCAAAAACUCAGUUGUUGCCUAUAGGAAAAGGGCUUUUGGUGACAAGAUUUGGAGCAAGUGCUACUAGUCCAAAAUAUGGAUCUGGAGUGAGUAAGAUCAAAAGUAGUCGUUGGAUUGUCAAGGUGGACAAAUGCACUGGUGAAGAACAUGUGUAUAGGAUCAGAGUUCCACAAGGAAAAGUGAUUUAAGCUUAAUCAUAUGGUUAAUUGGGAUGGAGAUUGACAAGAGUAGGAUUAUUUAUUAGCCACCACAAGCUACUUUACCAGUUAUUUCCUAGGGAAAAUGGAGUAGUUAAAUUUUGCAAUUAGAAAGGACCUAGGAGUUGGUCCUGCUUCAAAUGUAUAUAGCAAAUUAUAGAUAUAUAUUAUUACAAAAAUUGGUUUGAAAA